AUGUCCGGCCCCGAAGUGCACCACCUCUUCCACCACCCUAUCGCCGACCACUCCUUCUCCGCUGACCGCCAGACACUCGCGGUCGCACGCGAGAACAACGUCGAGCUGUACCACCGCUCGGGCAACAAAUUUACCCUCAAAGACGAGCUGAAGGGCCAUGACAAGACCGUGACAGGCGUGGAUAUUGCACCGGACAGUGGCAUGAUCGUCACAUGUUCGCAGGACCGCAACGCCUACGUCUGGCAGCCAACCCCUCAGGGCUGGACGCCCACGCUCGUCCUCCUGCGCAUCAACCGCGCCGCGACCUUUGUGCGGUGGUCGCCCUCGGAAAAGAAAUUCGCCGUGGGAUCUGGCGCCCGCGUCAUCGCCGUGUGCUACUUCGAGGAGGAAAACGACUGGUGGGUGUCCAAGCACCUGAAGAAACCCAUCCGGUCCACAAUCACCACACUGGCAUGGCAUCCCAACAGCGUGCUCCUGGCCGCCGGGAGCACGGACUCCCACGCGAGGGUGUUUAGCGGGUUCAUCAAGGGCGUGGACGAACGGCCCGAGGCCAGCGUCUGGGGGGAGCGCCUCCCCUUCAACACCGUGUGCGGCGAAUACCUCAACGACGCGGCCGGGUGGAUCCACGCCGUGAGUUUCUCGCCCUCCGGCGACGCGCUCGCGUUUGCGGGACACGACAGUUCCAUCACGGUCGUGUACCCCAGUGGGCCGGAGCAGGCGCCGCGCGCGAUGCUCAACAUCUCGACCCACAUCCUCCCGUUCACGAGCCUCAUCUGGAACGGCGAGGCCGAGAUCGUUGCCGCCGGGUAUGACUGUGAGGCGUUCCGCUUUCGCGGGUCAGAAGAAGGGUGGGAAAUGGUCGGCAGCGUCGAGGCGAAGGCAAGGCCGGGGAUGGGUGCCGCGAGGGAGGAGAGCGCGCUGAAUAUGUUCCGCCAGAUGGAUCUCAAGGGCAAGGUCAAGGACGAUACGCAGUUGAGCACGACCCAUCAGAAUACCAUCAACACGAUCCGUGUGUAUGAGGGUAGUGCUAGCAGCGUGAAGAAAUUUAGCACCAGUGGUGUGGAUGGUCGGGUGGUCAUCUGGACGGUCUGA